CGCACGACAGGCAUGAUGUCCUCCAGAGGGAGUUAGUGAUAGAAGUCUGCGUUUUAACUAGUAUUCGCCUAUUUUAACUUUUUGUUUGUCGUCUUUCGGGAGGUUUCCGGGGAAAUGGCGAGCAGGACCGUGUGUGGAGUCUUCCAGCGCCGCUUCGCCUCCGCCGCCGCCGCCGUACGUCCGUCUCUGGCCGAGAUCCGAGGCCAGCGCAACGCCGUCUUCUCCAGGGAGCAGGCCCGGCAGAGGGCGCUGUUCCCCCGCAUCGAGAAGGUGGAGGUGUCCGUGCAGGGCCCGGGCCUGGACGGCACGCUGCUCGUCAUGAACAGAGGGAUGUCCACGCCGCUCAGCUGCGCCCGCCAUCUGACCGAGUAUCACGUGACGAACUCGGCCUUGGCGCUGGUGGACGGGGAGCCGUGGCCUCUCAACCAGCCCCUCACACGCCCCUGCUCGCUCAGCCUGCUCACGUUCACGGACAGCGACCCGACUCUGGUGAACCAGGCGUACUGGCGCUCCUGUGCCGCCCUCCUCGGUCAGGUGCUGGAGACCGCUUUCAAAGACGACUUCGCCGUGGAGCUGCUCAGCACGCCGGACGUGCCGGUCGCUUCAGGGGCCUUCUGCUGUGACGUGGCCCUGGAUCCUCAGCUGGACUCCUGGACUCCCUCCGAGGAGUCGCUGCGCUCGCUGACCCGAGGCGCUCUGCAGCUGAUCCACCAGGACCUGGCCUGGGAGCCUCUGGAGGUGUCUGUUCCUGUGGCGCUGGAGGUUUUCUCACACAGCAGGUGUAAACAGGAGGAGGUGGAGGACAAAGCUUCACAGAGUGCCAAAGGCACCGUGACGCUCUACAGAUGCGGCGACCACGUGCUCCUCAGCGGGGGCCCUCUCGUGGCCCGGACCGGCCUGUGCUCCCAGUACGAGGUGACGGCGGUCCACAGCCUGGGACCGGGACCCUGGGGUCUCCAGCGCAGAGUGCAGGGUCUGUCACUGCCUCUGCAGCUGCAGGCUCAUCACACAGUGUGGAGGAGGCUGAGGGAGCGUGCACAGAAGCGGGUGGAUCUGCCCGAACCCGAGAAACCAACUCCAGCAUCUCCUCCGGAGUCAGUUCAACCUGUGACAAACCAAUAACCACACACACACACACACACACACACACACACGGGUCUGAUUGAAUUGUUCAAUAAAUGUGUAUAAACAUGA